GCAGCCCCCAUUCUCUGACAAAGUUAUGAGUCGCCUUCACAUCAAUCAUAACUUUGUCUUAUCCCCUUUCUCGUUACAAUCACUUCUCCCAACAGUUAUCCUCAACACUCAGAAUCGCAGGUCCUCAAUCAACACGAGCGAAAAUGGUGACCACUAUUCCACAUGAAGCACAGCUGACGAUGGAACCCAACCGCGAUCGAACAAGUGAAUUAAAAGCUUUCGAUGACACAAAAGCCGGCGUUAAAGGACUCGUUGAUGCCGGAAUUGACAAGAUUCCCAGGAUAUUCUUUAGCCCACCCUAUGCUAAUCAGGUUUCUAGUGCUACAGAAUAUAAGUUUCCGAUUAUCGACCUGGGAAGACUUGAUAAAGAUCCUGGUCAACGCAAGGAGAUUGUUGAAAAAGUUCGAAAUGCUUCGGAGACGUGGGGGUUCUUUCAGGUUAUCAAUCAUGGGAUUCCUGAGAGCGUUCUUGAGGAGAUGAAGGAUGGGGUUCGCAGGUUUUAUGAGCAAGAUUUUGAGGUGAAAAAUCAAUGGUACACCCGUGAUUUUACCAGAAAGUUGAUCUACAAUAGCAAUUUUGACUUAUACACAGGACCAGUGACGAACUGGCGGGAUACCAUGUCUUGUUACAUGGCUCCUCAUCCUCCCCAGUCUGAAAAUUUACCAGCUGCUUGCAGAGAUAUACUAGUGGAGUACUCGAAGCAAGUAAUGGAACUUGGCUAUGUAUUGUUCGAACUAUUAUCAGAGGCUCUUGGUUUGAAACCAAGUCACCUGAAAGACAUGAAUUGUGCUGAGGGGCUUGUAUUACUUUGCCAUUACUAUCCACCAUGCCCACAGCCAGAAUUAGCAAUCGGCACAUCCAGGCACUCGGACAAUGACUUUCUCACUGUACUUCUACAAGACCAUGUUGGUGGCCUCCAAGUUCUUCAUCAAAACCAGUGGGUUGAUGUGCCUCCCACCCCUGGUGCUCUUGUGGUUAACAUUGGAGAUCUCAUGCAGCUAGUAUCAAAUGACAAAUUCAUAAGCGUGGAGCAUAGAGUACUGGCGAACCGGGUAGGGCCAAGAAUAUCAGUGGCGAGCUUUUUCAGCACAGAUCUUCAGUCAGAUUGCUCAUCGACAGUUUAUGGACCAAUCCAAGAGUUGUUAUCAGAAGAGAAUCCUCCAAAGUACAGGGAAACCACAGUGAAAGACUAUGUCGCAUACUUUAAGGGAAAGGGUCUCGAUGGGACUUCUGCGCUGCUUCAUUUCAGGCUAUAAGCUUCGCAAAGAAGAUGAAAUGAAUAUCUGGAUAAUUAAAUAAAUGGUUUUUCUGAAGUAAAACAAUUUAGCGCUUGUUUGGAAUUGUUUAAUGUCUUGUCUAUUUACAUAUAUCCUACUUGUAACCAUGUUCAAAACUAUAUAUGAUUUGUAGUUCUUGAUGGGUGUGUUUUGUUGAAGGAAUUAUUUCUUAUUUCAAUGUGACAAAAUAAGUUGUCUCA